AAACAUUUUUGCAUAAAAGAGUAAGAAUUUUUAAAAAUAACUCUACUUUCAUUUUUCUUUCGUACAAGAAUUGAUUUACGUUUUGUAUCGCACUUUUCAGACAUUCUUUGUUGAAAUAUAAGAGAAAGAAAGACAUUCAAUAUUAAUUCACAUCAAAAAUAAUAAUAAAAAAAAAGAACUGUACACUUCAGCAGCAGCACAAUAAAAUUCAAUUGUAAAAAUGGGUCUGGUUUGGACUUUGAUAGCCGGUUUUUUAUAUGCUGAAAUCUGCGUGGUACUCUUAUUAGUUUUACCUGUGGCUAGCCCAUACAAAUGGAGUCGUUUCUUCAAAUCGAAAUUUUUGGCUAUGAUAGCUCAACAAGCGCAUCUUUACUUCUGCCUUAUUAUGGGCGUAUUAGUUUUGUUUCUAUUGGAAGCUAUUCGCGAAAUGCGUAAAUAUUCCACUCAAGAACAUUCUUCAGACGUUCACUUGAACACAGAAAUGCAGCAUAGUAUGCGCUUAUUUAGAGCUCAGCGUAAUUUCUACAUAUCUGGUUUUGCAAUUUUUUUGGUAUUGGUUAUACGACGUUUAGUAACAUUAAUCUCGGUACAGGCUAAUUUAUUGGCUCAAAGUGAGGCGUCGUUAAAACAAGCGCAAUCUGCUUCUGCAACUAUACGUUCGUUGAUGGAAGACAGAAAUACCGAAAAAGCUGAUGAAGCUCAAGAAGAUAGCACAUUAGCUGAGGUCACCAAGAUGAAGGAGCGCAUUCACGAGUUAAUUGGGGAGCUGAAUCGUGAGAAGAAGGAUAAAGAAGCUUUGAAAUCGCAAGCUGAGAGUCUUAACAAGGAAUAUGAUCGUCUCACGGAGGAAUACAGCAAAUUACAAAAGCAAGUGAACGUUAACGCCGAGGGCGGUGACAAGGCUGAUAAGAAAGCCAAUUAAAUUAUGAAUUUGAUUAAAACAACAACAAGCACAUCCAUUAUUAGCCUUUAAAAUUAAAAUUUUUGCCAAAAGCAAUUAUAUUCAACUCUCUCAACCCCGUUAUACAUAUAAAUUUUUUAUAAUCUUUUCACUUCCUUUCCUUUCUUUAAGUUAUUAAUUCUUGUUAAUGUAGGUUUUUUCAUAAGUUAGUUGUAUCUUACGUGUGGGCGAGUUUAACUAUAUACAAAGCUUCUAAAUACUUUUUUUUUCUGUUUUUUUUUUGCACAUUCUGCUA